CUUCUAUAUUUCUUUUGCGAGGAGCUUGUUGUUUUGUUGCUCCCACUGCACGCUAUGGCUUUGACGACACCGAUGCCUUCAGCGGAGCUGAGGCUUGCCACAAAGCUCAAGAUUGAUGAGUUCGAGCGUCUUCGCGAGGAUGCUCGCAUACGUCACAUGGAUAUCUUGAUCGCCGUCGAAGAGGAAGGCGGCGACAAGCGCGAGCGUGUCGCGUCCCUUCUUGCGAAGGUCAAGAAGCUCGAUCCGGAAUACGAAGAAGACUACGAACUAGGGAAUAUGGAGCAGUACCUCAAGCAGGCAGAAUACGACAGCUCCAUCUCCAGCACCAAGCUCGAAAAGUUCGAGACCACCUUGAUUGACAAAUUCCGACACCACAAACGAAGGAUGGAGCUUGGCAGCCUGCACGCCAAGCUAUUGACUGAAUACAUCGAGAAGUCUGACCCUAAGGAAUCGCUCGCGGCCAAAUUUGACCGCACCUGUAUGGAAGAUGAAUUCGAGUUGGUCGAGGAGGAUGCGAUUGAAGAGCUCCGAGAUGGCUUCGACUCCAUCACCUUCACGCCACUCGAGACGAACGAGGAAGAGAUUCACACGUAUCUUUCCAAGUUCUUCGUCGGAAAUGCGGGGAGUAACGAUUUGGAGGAUCUGCGCCGGAGUGUCAAGAACUUUGGAGAAGAUAUCCUUGAGGAGAAGAAGAAGUUCACCGAGGAUAAUGUCACCUGGACAAUCAAAGACCUCCUCAGGAAGCCCCUCGUCAGUACUGAGACAAAGCAGACGCUGAACUCCUAUCUCCAGUCGCCUAUUGUGCUUAAGGAGCUUAUCAGCACUCUCAACCUACGAUUUUCCAACGUAACAAAUUGGAAGUGGCGCGAUGCAGAGAAGGGCCUCCGCGUCGAGGCUCGCCAAAACCUGGAUAAGUCCUACUGUAUGACAGCAGAAGAAGGACUCCUAGACCUCAUCUUUUUGAAUGUGGUGGCGACUCGAUGGUCGGUCUGCAUUAAAGAUAGCCUCCGGGAUCUUGUCAACAGUUUCCCCUUGGGCACCACCACCUGGAAACGACCUGAGAACCCAACGUCUGAAGAAAUGGACAAGCGCGACUACUACCUAUCAGGCCCCAGAAAGAAGCCGCAGGUUAAAUCAAACAUCUGUGACAUUUGUCAUGGUCCCCCACCUCAUAUGCAUCGGGGACCUCCUCCGCCACCAGCUUUCAGCCGCCCUCCACCACCACCACCUCCUCCAGGAUGGGCGCCCCCUCCGCCGAUGCCACGCGCUAUGCCACCUCCACCCCCUCCGAUGCCCAGGAACAACGAGGUUAUCAUCCUCAGGACUGAGAGGCUAGACGAGGAGCGACAUCACGAGUACAUGCGUGACCUUUUCUUGUCUCAGCUGCCUGGCCGGUUCCGAAGUCGAUACGGCGUUCGUCGUUAUAACGACAAAUCCCUUCCAGAGGUAGUCAAUCCUAGUACUACCCAGGAGACUGUCAUGAAGAAGCUGGCCACCGAGAUGCUCCUCCGUGAGGCACUGGACGGUGAAGUUGACGUCAUCCAGCACGACUUCAAAUCCUUCGCUUCUGGGCUUCCACACAGCACCAUUCUCGCCGUUCUCAAGUUCAUUGGAGUCAGCGAGACAUGGCUGACAUUCUUCCAACGCUUCCUAGAGGCGCCUUUGAACAUGGGCCCCAUCAUCAGAGGUACCGCGGACCAAGUCCGAAUUCGCAAGCGAGGUAUUCCAGUCGGUCAUGCUUUCGAGAAGUUCUUUGGCGAAGCUGUCUUAUUCUUCCUGGACCUGGCCGUCAAUCAGGUUGUCGGUGUCCAGCACUUCCGCACACGCGAUGAAGGAUGGAUAUGUGGCACACACGAAAAGUGCUACACUGCUGAACAGACCGUGAAGGAGUUCUCAGUGCUCAUGGGCCUCAACUUGCAGUCCAGCUCCGACAGCUCCAAUAAUGCCUCCCUCAAUACCGGCAAGAUAUCCGUAGGCUACCUCACCCUCUGCCCUGACACCGGCAAUUGGAAGAUCGACGAAAGCCGACUCGACGCCUACAUCCGCCUCGUUCGCUCCGACCUCGCGUCCUGCACCAGCGUCCUCUCCUGGAUCGACACCUACAACCGCCUCGUCUACUACAACAUCGACGCCCUCUUCGGGCCGCCCGCACACUGCUUCGGCAAAGAACACCUCGACGACCUCCUAUGCUCGCCAAGAUCCCAGACUGCCCCGAGAUCACCGACGCCUUCAUCUACCUCCCGCAGAGCUUCGGCGGCCUCGGCCUGCAGAACCCGUACACCGUGCUCUCCCUCGCGUCCGAGGCCAAGAAAGACCCCGCCGAGGUGAUGCGGGAGUACCUCAAGGAAGACCGCAAGACCUACGAGAAGGCUAAGGAGCGGUUCGAGGCGCUCGACGACGUGGCGCGCAAGAACAGGGCCGAGGCUAUCUGGCCCAACAGGGCGAAGCUCACGACCGCGUUCCCGGAUGGCGAUACCACGAGCUUUAUGCUGUACCCCGAGUGGACGAAGUACCGCGAGACGAACCCGAUGCCGGGCUCGGGCGGCAACUUGUUCGAGGCGUAUUCGGAGCUGCAGCGUGUGCCGGAGGCGGAUAUCGAGGCUACCAAUCAGGUCAGCGAGGAGGUUCGGCGCAUUAAGCGGGCUCAAGGGACUGGCGGGAGCUUCUGGAGCUUGGAUGCUGGGGAGAGGUGGGCUGUGCAGCUUUAUGCGGAUGAGUGCUUUGAGCGCUAUGGGGGGUUGUCUCUUGUGGAGAAGGAUUGGCUGCCGUUGCAGGCGCUGAGGAUGAUGCGAGGGGAUGAUGUUGACGAUGAUACGAAU